AUGCAGGCGGCAGACAAAAAGUCAGUUGCUAUUAUUGGCGCUGGAAUUUUUGGCCUUUCGCUGGCUGUUGCCCUCCGCGACAAAAACUAUGUUGUUAAUGUAUUCGAUCGAAAUGUCUAUCACGAGAAUGGGUAUGACCCGGAAGGCGAUGAUGUACAGGCUGCGUCCGUCGACCUAAACAAAAUCUUCCGUGCAUCUUACGGAACCAAGCUUCAUUACCAGCGUCUCGCCAUGGAGAGCCGUAACGCUUGGAUGAUCCAGGAUAACAAGCGCGGUUUCUUAGGGGACAAUGACGAGAACGGAGGAAGACUCUUUGUAAACAGUGGAAUGCUGCGCGUGCAGCCAACGACACAUCUUGACACAUUGGAGAAAGAAACUCUUGCAAAUAUGGAGCGCGAUGGUCUGCGUGGCACGCAGUUCGUGAAGAGCAGCCCCAAUGACAGAGAACGUGCCGAGAGCUUAGGGUGGAAAGCCAAACUCCUCGACUUUGAUAUCCCAGAAACAUCCCCAACGCAAACAUUUGAUGCCGUAUUGGACUCCCUUGCUGGAUUCGUGAGAUGUAGCAGCGCCUGCACAUACUGGUAUGAUAUUUCGGUGGCCAAGGGUGUCAAGUUCAACUUUGGAAAGGAGGGCUCCGUUGAAUCGUUGGUAAAAAUACCCUGCAGCGCUGGGACUUUGAAGGAAAAGGUCAUAGGCUUGAAAACACGGGAUGGCGUGAUACAUAAUGCGGACACUGUCGUGGUUGCUGCCGGCUCCUUCUCGACGCAGGUCCUUCCUGAAUUGAGCUAUCACCUUGAGUCAUCUGCUGGUAGUGUAGCCUCGUUUAAGAUUAACCCUUCACAAAAGGAUCUCUGGGACAAGUACUCACCCGAGAAGUUCCCCGUCAUCACAUGGAAAGCUUCACCCCGAAACCGUUCUGGCAGAGAUACAGGCAGCAUUUAUGCUUUGCCUCGCACCCCUGAAGGCUACAUUAAGAUAGGAUUUAGAGGCAUAAAGUUUACAAAUUUCCAACCUGCUCCGGAAGGGGCUACUUUCACGCAAGACGGAAAAUGGUCUGUGCCUUUACCAGCAGACGAGUGCAAGACACUGCCAGAGCCAGCAAUGUACGCAAUGAAACAAUUUGUCUCCAUUUUUCUUCCCGAGUUUGAGGAUGUACCUUUCUCGACGACUAAGCUGUGUUGGUAUACCGACUCUCUGGACAACUCUUUCGUGAUUGAUUACGUACCGGAUUUUGCAGAAAACUCGGUGUUCAUCUGUACGGGUGGUAGUGGUCAUGGUGCCAAGUUCCUACCGGUCCUUGGAGAGCACGCCGCGGAUAUUCUAGAAAAUGGCGAUCGUAGUACCACAUACAUGCGUACGUUUUGGAGAUGGCGACCUGGUAUGCCCCGUAGGAAUGGACUGGAAGAUGGUCCUGGUGGACCUCGGGACAUUUCUGGAGAAUUCGCUUGA